AGUUCAUGCAAGGCUGGCCGUGAGGGAAGUGACGAGUGGGGCUGUUGUUGGGACACGUGACUGGGGGAGCUGCACUGAUCUGUUUUGACAAGCAGCAGUGAGGAGGGAAGUGAGGAGGGGAGGCAGACUGUAAGCAUCACGACUAGAAGGGACUCACUGUUCCUCCUUUCAUCUGCAUUUCGGCCAACUAACACCAAUAUCGAGCUCUAGUUUCAGCAGUGGGCGACACAUCAGCUGCUGUUAGCUAGUAACGGCUCAGGGGGACGGCUACCGUCGUGAGCGACGCGCUGGGACCGGAGACUGUUUGUUGUCGGGGUGAAAAGUUUUAGUGACGGUCACAAAGGAAGUCAGCACAGGUGUUGUUUCUAGCGUUGAGUGGAUGGCGACGGUUCUAGCGCUGUGCACGGACAGAAAGUGGACCAUAUCUCUGUUGUUUAUCACUUUGUGAGAUGACUGAUAAGCUGAAUAUGUUCUCGUCCUAGCAAAAAAAAACAUUGAAUACUGAGAGCGUCCUCCUACCUGCGCUACGUUGGGGGUUGGGGUGUUUGGGAGGUCGUCGUCGUCGUCACCAGUAGACGCUUAAACCCUCACUGUAUAGAUAAGGUUAGUUAGUUGUGUGUUGAGUGUGCGACCCCCUCUGCUCUGGAGUAGUGUCGUACUAGUGAGCAGCCAGCGUUACAGGAGCGGACACAGACAUGCAUCGCGACGUAACUGUGGUUCAGGUGCAGGAAUUUCAGACGAGCUGUGAGACAAGCCAGCUUCACUAGUUUAUUUGCUCAGGUUGGUUUGCUGGCUAGUGUGCGGGUUGACAACUGCAUUACCAAACGCUGUCUGUUAGUGGCUAUCAGCUGUCUUUGUAUCAGUCAGUUGAAAAAUACAGUGCGAUUCGAUGGAAGCGUACAGUAGCAUGCUAACAAAGCAAUGCUUUGUUGUUGGAUAGGGGGCAGUUGGCACCAACACACAGGCUUCACAGCUGAUAUUAUUGCUUAGCUAAGACGGCAGGUCUCAGGCACAGAGGGUGUGGGGGUCCAGACUCCGUUGCAUUGCUGUCAAGGCAGCGUGUGACAGAGAAAGAGAAGACGGAGGACCCCGCAAGAUACCCUGAAGGCAACCUGAUGACACUGGACAAUAUGAAGCCCGAGCGAGAUGCAACAGAGGAGUUUUUCGAGUAUGAUGCAGAGGAGUUCCUGGUGUUCCUGACCUUGCUCAUCACAGAGGGACGGACACCAGAAUAUUCUGUGAAGGGCAGGACCGAGGGGAUGCAUUGUCCACCAGCCCAGUCGGCCAUGCCACCUCUUCACAAGCAUGAAUGCAGCGACAAACUGCCCCAGUGUCGACAGGCGCGGCGAACCCGUUCGGAGGUGAUCCUGCUUUGGAGGAACAGUAUCCCCAUCAUGAUCGAGGUCAUGCUCCUGCCAGACUGUUGCUAUGGUGAUGAGUGCCCGCCGAGCGACCCCAUCAGUGACCCGGUCAUCAAACAAGAUGCUCUGCUGCUAGAGAGAUGGACCCUGCAGCCAGUCCCAAGACAAAGCGGUGAUCGUUUCAUCGAAGAGAAGACCCUGCUGUUGGCUGUUCGAUCUUACGUCUUCUUCUCCCAGCUCAGCGCCUGGCUCAGCGCCUCCCAUGGCAUCGUCCCCAGAAACAUCCUGUACAGGAUCAGUGCUGCUGAUGAAGAGUUGGUGUGGCAGUUCUCCCAGCCGCCUUCAGAGCACAUUUUCCCCAUCCCCAAUGUUUCCCAGAGUGUUGCACUGCAGGUUCGCGUCCAGUCGCUGCCCCGCCAACCCACCUACCCCACCCUGGCCUGCAGCAUCCAUACUGGCCUGCCUCUGCUUUACAGCAAGACCCCCAGCCUCAAUCCAAACCUCAACAGCCAUGGUGGCCUGACCACCCACAAAAAGAGCCAGGACCCCAGCAAAAACAGCCUCCUUCACAAUUCUAACAUGUACAGCAAGAGCUCCAACUCCAUGUCUGGCCUUCUCCUCAAUGGAUUACCCAUCCCUAAUCUUCCCAUCAACAACAUCCCCAUUAAUAGCCUUCCCCACACUGCUGUGCCACCUCCCUACAGCAAGAAGAGCCAGGAGCCCGGUGAGAACCACACGUAUCAGAACGGAGAGCUUCCACAGGUUAAUGUCCCACAACGUCAGGGCUCCCCACUGUUUCACAGACCUUCCCACUCCCACUCCCCCACGCCCCCCCGCUCACACUCUCCCUCCCCACUGCCCACAAGUAAAGCAGGGAAGUGGCUGUACUCGGCCCUCAAUGGUUCCUCUGACCCCACACAAGUAGACGAGUAUGGGUCUGGCACCAACAGCAGUGACAGGUCUAAGGGGCCUAUCCCCCAACCACUGAGAGCUUUUAAGAACUUCUCCUUGGCUGAGCCACCCAGGUGCCCCUCACCUAGGCCCACUGCAAGCGAAACAAACCCCCUGAUUGGCUCACUGCUGCAGGAGAGACAGGAAGUUAUUGCCCGCAUCGCACAGAGGCUCAACUUCUGCGACCCCACAGCACCGCCACUUCCCCCCGGCCUUUUUGCUUCUGACAACCCUCCCAAAGCCAUGUGGGGCAGUAACCACGAGGACAUAACUGCCAGUAAGACCAAAGAGCCAGAGGUACCGCCCUAUGAGUCUGUGGGCCGUGUGUGGCCCACCCCCUUCAACACGCCCGUGACUGACCCUUCUUUCAGCAAACGGGAGAGCUCCUCCCCUAAACCUGCAGCCUGCAGGAAGCUGAAAAUGACUGAGACAAGAGACAGAGAGGAGGAAAGGAAUGGAGAGAGGGAGAGAGACAGAGAUAAAGACAAAAACAAGGAGAGGGAGACAGAGAGAGACAGCUCCCUCAUUGCCCAGGCAGUACAAGACAUUACCAGACUCAUCCAGGAGAGACUGUCUGUCCCCUCUCUGUCGCCCAGGCACAGCAGAAGCAGCAGCCCUCUGCACCACACGCACACAACCACAGUCACACACACAGUCCGUACAUACUCACACACGGCACACAUCCCACAAGCCUCACACACUGCCACCAACGGUUACACCAACGGCCACAUACCCAGCCACGAACCUCAACGUGGCACGCACACCGCUGCCACAAACGCGCCCGUUUGCACAGACAAGCCCCGAUUCAACCCGGGGUCCGAACGCCAUUCUCCCAGGGCCCAAAAUGGUGCCCACUUUACACUUGAAGAACCCUCGUUUAAAGGCCAGUUCCACACCCAGGCUGGCCAGCGUUUACAAACUCCCAUGCAGGAAAAGCUCAGAGUCCAGACACCCAGCAGCCAUGAAACCCGCUCUGCCUCCCCUGUCCUUGAGAACGGCCCGAGGAGUGCGCAGAUCUUUAGUUGGACUUGCAAUGACGCCAGCUCAGCCAUGAACUGUAACAUAAACCACAACCACAGCAAGCCUCAGCCUCAGCCUCACUCCCAGAUGCAGACGCAGACCUGCACUCCUCCCCAGGCCUCCGCCUUCCGGGAUGAGAACCAGGCGCCCUCGGAGUCUGGAUGCUCCAGCACCCCCAGUCCAGACAUGACCCCCCCUGCUACGGUUCUCCGAGCUCACAGCCCCUCCCCUCUGCGUCCCUGCAACAGCUGGAAGAAACAGAAUCGCCACUCAUUAGACGCCACCGCGACAAAGGCCUUCCACCCCUGCACUGGCCUGCCUCUGCUCUCCAGCCCUGUUCCUCAGAGGAGAAAUCAAACAGGCUACUUUGACCUGGACACCUCUCUGGCUGGCUGUAAGGGUUUGCCUUGGGCCUCUGGGAAAAGGGUGUGUCCAAAGACAGAGGGGUACACAGAGGAGUCACAACAGCUGUUCAGUGCCAGCGCUCCACCUGCCAGUCUCAGCCUGCUGGGAAACUUUGAGGAGUGUGUGCUGAACUACCGUCUGGAGCCUUUAGGGACUGUGGAGGGUUUCACAGCUGAGGUUGGAGCCAGUGGGUCUUUCUGCCCCAGUCACCUGACCUUACCUGUGGAUGUGUCAUUCUACAGUGUCUCCGAUGACAACGCUCCCUCACCAUAUAUGGGUGUGAUAAACCUGGAGUCCCUGGGGAAAAGGGGCUACCGUGUACCUCCAUCAGGAACCAUUCAAGUGACCUUAUUCAACCCUAACAAGACGGUGGUUAAGAUGUUUGUUGUGAUGUACGACCUCCGAGCCAUGCCAGCUGGACACCAGACCUUCCUACGCCAGAGGACCUUUUCUGUUCCCGCCCGCCGUGACGCAUAUUAUCAGACCAGCAGGAAGCCCCACAGCCUGGGCCAGGUUCGCACCUUGCGCUACCUUGUUCAUCUGAGGUUCCAGAGCUCUAAGUCUGGGAAGAUCUACCUCCAUAGGGACAUUCGUCUGCUGUUUUCUAGGAAGUCCAUGGAGGUGGACAGUGGUGCUGCCUAUGAACUCCAAUCCUUCACAGAGUCCCCCAUUGACCCGCCAUUCUCUCCCCGCUGCUAAGGCCUCACUCCCUCCCUCCCUCCUCCACCUGGCAGGCCACUACUGACGCUUCACCCACACCUCGAUGCCAGCGACAGACUCAGCCUGUUAGCCCAUGGCGAGUAUUUGAAAAGAGAUUUAAGGAGAGCAGUCAACAAGACUCACCUGGCCUGGGCCCAAACUCUUUAAGUUUCAUCCCUUUAGUCACCAUGAACUGACAAAGGGGGGCUAAGAGCCUGGGAGACUUGUCAGAAAUGAAACCUUGUUCUCUGUUGAGUGCACGACCCUGGAUCAGAGAGGCUGGGUCACAGUUUAGUUUUAUAGGGUUUGGUUUGAGAUCCUGAACUGCUGGUCAAGAAGGCCUUACCAGAUUCAAUAGAAAGUUCUUUUUCAUGCUGUUGUGUGUAUCCCCUCCAGCGUCUGGCAGGAGAGUAGAGACCACUGAUUGUCUACAGAUGCAGUUAGACACUUACAAUUAUUUCAGCAGAGUUUGUACUACUUUAAAAAUGUUCAAUUGGACCUCUAUGUGACAUGAAGCAUACGUGUUCAAUCUCAAUUCAUUUCUUUAUAAAUGCAAUACAAGGCCCUUUUAAUGAUUUAAAAAAAAAAGUUUUGAUAUCAGAUUGAUUGAAUUUAAAGUGAACUCAACUUUGACCCUGUGAUUCCUAAGCUCGGAGCCGAGGGAGCACAUACAGAAGAGGAACUGGGUGGCAGACUGUGGUGCAACGCCAUCCCCUCGUCCAAAAUAAACCAAACAAACCACAUACCAUGGACCACUAAUGAAGUCGAACACGCAAUCAAGCUGGAUUCAACUGAACACAUCACAGAAGAACAUCAGAAGUGCACUGUGGAUUUUUUUUCUCAUUAUAACUGGAAAUGAAACAGAAAAUAGUAAUAUUCUAAUACUUUUGUACUGUUACAGAACCACUUUAUAGGAAGUGUUGCAAUAGAAAGAGUAACCUUAGUUUUAGUGUUUACACAUUCACUUUCAGUUUACUUACCAUCAGUUUAUUUAAUAUUUAAAUUAAUAUUUCAGUAACUACUUGUGACGUCUGUCAUGCUAAGAUGAUGUAGUGCAAACUGUAUAUCAUAGUAUGUAUUUUUGACAUUAAUAUUCAAAUCUGAAAAAAAAUAUAUCUAUAUAUCUUCUAAAUCAAUCUUGAAAUCUG